AUGGCAGAACCUGGCUGGAACAUGAAGUGGACUCUGGGCUUGAGCCUCACCCUGUGCCUGGUGGUCCAGACAGCCUUAGGUACUUUGCACACCAAGGAACCUCUCCUGAUCACCAAACACGGGAUCCUACAAGGAAAGCAAGUGCAUGUGGGAGACACACCCAUCCGAGUCUUCCUGGGAGUCCCCUUCUCUAAACCUCCUGUGGGCUCCCGCAGGUUUGCUCCUCCAGAGCCCCCGCUACCCUGGGACGGCAUCAGAGAUGCCACCACCUACCCACCUUCGUGCCUUCAGGAAUCCUGGGGGCAGAUAAUAUCCAUGUACUUAAGCACGCGGAAACACUAUGAGUGGCUGCAUUUCAGUGAGGACUGCCUCUACCUGAAUGUGUACGCCCCAGUGCUCGCACCUGGGGAGCCUCUGCUGCCGGUGAUGGUUUGGUUCCCUGGAGGUGCCUUCCUCAUCGGUUCCGCUUCCACCUACGAAGGCUCAGAGCUGGCGGCUCGUGGGAAAGUGAUACUGGUGUUUCUACAAUACAGGCUGGGCAUCCUGGGCUUUUUCAGCACUGGCAACAGCCAUGCCCGCGGAAACUGGGGGCUGCUGGACCAGAUAGCUGCUCUGAGGUGGGUGCAGGAGAACAUCCAAGCCUUUGGUGGAGACCCGGACAAAGUAACACUAUUUGGCCAGUCGGCGGGAGCUAUGUGCAUCUCAGGACUGCUGAUGUCACCCCUAGCCCAGGGUCUAUUCCAUCAAGCCAUUUCCCAGAGUGGUACUGUGGUACUGAAAGCCUUCAUCACUCAAGAUCCACUGACAUCAGCCAAGAAGAUUGCUCACCUGGCUGGCUGCGAUCACAACAGCACAAAGAUCAUGGUAGAAUGCCUGAGGGCUCUAUCAGCAAAGGAGGUGAUGCAUGUUUCCAAAAAGAUGACAUUCUUUUAUGCUGACACCCAUAAAGAUCCAAAAGACAUCAUGUGGUUCCUGAGCCCAGUGGUGGAUGGUGUGGUGUUCCCAGAAGACCCUGUGGUGCUCCUGACCCGUGGGCAGGUUAAACCUGUGCCCUACCUUCUAGGUGUCAACAGCGUGGAGUUCCAGUGGUCCUUGCCUUUUAUCAUGAAGCUCCAUCUAAAUCAACGUAUGAUGAACAAAAACUACAUCACAAAACUGCUCUGGAGUUUCAACGUUCUGCUGAAUAUUACUAAGGAGCAGACACCACUGGUGGCAAGAGAGUACUUGAAUGACGCUAUCAGUAACCAUGACUGGAAGAUGUUCCGAAACCGCCUGACAGACCUAGUAGGAGAUGCCACCUUCGUCUAUGCCACACUCCAAGCCGCACGCUACCACCGAGAUGCUGGCUCCCCCGUCUACCUGUACGAGUUCAGGCACCAUACUCCUUCAGGCAUCAUUGUCAAACCUCGAAGCGAUGGAGCAGAUCAUGCGGACGAACUCACCUAUCUCUUUGGAAGCCCCUUCUCCAAAGGUGUAUCCACAGGUGAAGAAAAGGAAUUCAGCCUCCGGAUAAUGAAAUACUGGGCCAACUUUGCCCACACUGGGGAUCCCAAUGGCGAAAAGCUGCCCUACUGGCCACUCUUUGACAAGGAUGAAAAGUAUCUGCAGUUGGACUUCGAUACAAGAGUGGGUGUGAAGCUCAAGGAAGAAAAGAUGGCUUUCUGGAGACGGCUGCGCCAGUCUCAGAAACCUUAG